AUGUCUUCCUCUGGCGCCGUACGCCAGACUGCCCUCAGGGCCGGCGGCGCCUGUGUGCGCUGCCGCAAGGGCAAGACCAAGUGUGUCUACGAAAAUGGACGCGCUCCCUGCCGGAACUGUGCAAAGGGAAUGCACGAUUGCUAUCUGCCCUCGGAGUCCAACGCCCAUAUUCAUGGCCAAACUCCAACUCGCACCCAGAGCCGCCCUGCUCGCGACAGCCUGCCCGGAUCGGGUCCUGCUGCAGACACUCGAAGCGCGCUCCCCGGCGCGCUUCCUUCGCGAGCGGCCCCAAACACCAGUGAGAAAAUCGGGCCUGAGAGCUCUCCGAACAUCACGCGCCGAUAUGGUGGCCAAAACGGUGCGACGGCUGCUGCCGAGCACUUUGCUAGCAAGGCCAUGGCUCGCAUCAAUGAGUCCCUUGACCACCCUUCCCUCUCCGACAUCCAAGCUCUUUGCUUGAUUGUUAUCCACGAGUGGGGCUCGCGCAACGCUGUUCGAGCUUACAUUUACCUGGGCCAGGCCGUACGCAUGAUGCAGAUGCAUCGUAUCCUCAACAGCCACCAUGCUCAGCCCGAAGCCGAGCGCUUCCUCAAGGAUGAGUCCUGGCGCCGCACCCUGUGGCUCAUCUACAUUCUCGACUGCCUCCUGGCCAGCACUCCCGGUCGCUACCCCGCAUUGUCGCCCGGAGACUAUGCAGGCGUCCCGCUACCCUGCUCCGAUAUGAACUUUGCCUUUGGCAAUGCCGUCUAUGUCAAGACUCUCAUGCUUCAUGAGCCCCUCGGCCUCCCUCCUGGCACCCAGACUGGGGAGAUUGGCGAAUUCGGGCACAUCGUUCUGGCCACUACUAUCUGGCGCGACGUGGUUCAGAUGCUGACUGGAUGCAUGCAGACGUUCAACGCUGAGGCUUGUGCUUCGCUCAUGAGUUCCGUAGAACAGCUGAGGGCGUCGUUGCCGAUGCAAUUCAUUGACAAGCCUGGGCAGGUCAACUUGCACAUCACGAUGGGCUCCGGAAUCACUUUUGCUAUGCUUCAUUGCAUCCUUCACUGUGCCACCAUCUUCCUUCACCGACGCCGGCUACUGCACUCGAUCACAACCGAGGGUGUCGACAUUGACGAAUUCAAGCACACACCCCUGUGCCACGAUAUUGUGGAUCGACUCAUGGCUUCUUGCCACAGCACUACUGCCCUGCUCGUUGCCCUCGAGCAAGGCACAGACAAGGACUCAGUCGUCUGUUACCCACUCUUCAUGCUCUUCUCGGCCUUCACUGCCAGUGCCACCAUUGCCUACCUCUCGCUCAAGGGCCUCACGCCUCCGAACUCGAUCGAGACUGCCGGCGCCAUUGUCAAGGAUGGGCUUCACCUUAUGGAAGAGUCCGUCGAGAUUUGGCCCCUCAUCACGCCUUGGCUCCGACACCUCAGUGUCAUGCAACGCGUCCUCAAGACUGAGUCGCAGCAGGCCGGCGGCCCCCAAACUGCCGGUGCCGUUGCGCAAGAUCGGACUCCUGUCUCUGUAAAGGACGAGGCAGCUUCCAAUGCGGACAGUGCCAUGGACACGGGCGAUGCCGACGCGGCCGCGGCUACGAACAACUCAGUAGGUGGAAGUGCGCGAGGUGAUAGCGAGCCUCCCAUGGCCCGCAACGGCGCUCAUUCUGAUUCUGCCGCUGCCACCGCUGCCGCGGCGGCGGCGGCGGCCGCUGUUGCGACGGUUGCCGUGCAGCCCAAGAUCGAGACAGAUGCCCCUGCUGAUAUGACCGCAUCUGAGCUCUGCUCUGCCUUUGAGCGCCAGCUCAUGGAGCUUGAUGAUCUCGCCGCGUUUAUGGAUGGCGCCGACCAGCAGAUGUCUCUUAAGCUUAUCCUCGUGGCCUUCCACUGCUCCCGUCCGACGGAAGAGGCUCUUGUGACGGUGCUAUCUUGA